UUUUCCCCUUCACCCCCACUGGACUCUGGUCAGGACCUCAGAGCAGAGAAGGCUCGGGCAGAAAAACAAGUGUAGAAGAUGAAGAAGCUGGUGGUGGUUUUGCUCUGUCUGGUCCUGCUGACCGUUUACACAGAUGCCAACCCUAUCAUCAAGGAGAGCUUUGCUAAGCAGCUGCUCCGCAGCAAGAGGCAGAAGCCUGGCCAUCCUGAUGAGCCAAUGAGAGAGCAUCUGCUCCACAUGCAGGCUCUGGAUCAGAGGGCCCAGGAGACCAACCUGGAGAACUGGUUGAACCCUCACUGCUACCCUCGCUGUAACAGGAACUACGGAUACCCUGUCUGAAGAAGAUGAUUAAGUAAAGGACCAGAGGUGACAACAUGGACCCAACAAUAGGCAACAGUGUAAACUUGAUAGAGGGACAGAAAGACUCUCUCUCUUUCUUCUGGAGCAAAAUGACCAUGUGCAGAAUGCUGAGUAAAUGGCCAUGCAUAUAUAAUUUUACGGUAUCACAGCUGUGUACUUGCCGUUUUCCAUAGUUUCUACAUUUAUUCUCUGUGUUAUGUAUCAUGUAUCAUUGGACAGAGUGACGAUCAAAAAUAAAUCAAAUGCAUGAGUGCUUAUAACAA